AUGGGCUCACCAAAUGGCUCAUUCCUUUCCUCCAUUCGCCUCAGCCUGGUCAUGGUUGCGCUGUGCCUUGCUGACCAAACGGUUCUCGCGACAGUGACCCCGACACUGACGACCGAGUUCCACAGUAUUGACGACAUGGGCUGGUGGACCGCCGCUUACCUGACCAUGCUCAGCGUAUUCCAGAUUCCAUAUGGCAAGCUCUACAGCCUGUUCUCAAUUAAGAUCGUCUAUCUAUCAGCAAUCGGCAUCUUUGAAUUAGGCUCCCUUGUAUGUGCCACCGCACCUAACUCCAUCGCCAUGAUUUUCGGUCGCGCGAUUGCCGGCGCUGGGGCGGCUGGUAUUUUUACCGGGGGGAUUAUGAUCACCACAAAGAUCAUCCCGCUCGAUCGCCGUGCGUCCUACCUUGGGAUCAUGUCGGCUGCCUUUGGUGUUGCUGCCAUUGUAGGACCAUUCGUCGGAGGCGCGUUUACAGACAGGUCUACAUGGCGAUGGUGCUUCUACAUCAACCUACCAUUAGGCGGGCUAAGUAUAUUGGUAUGUUUUUUGCUCGUGAAUACGCCGGUGGACUCCUCCAUUGCAUCACUGUCAUUCCAGGCUCGAGUCCGCCAGUUUGAUUUCUUUGGGAUGGUCAGCUUGAUGGGUGGUAUCGUUUGCUUGCUCCUUGCACUCCAGUGGGGCGGCACCCAAUACCCCUGGAAUAGUGGAAGGAUUAUUGCAUUAUUGGUGGUGGCAGUACUCCUUAUGCUGUCUUUUGUUCUCCUUCAGAUAUUCGUUCCCGGGUCAAAAACCAUCCCCCGCAGUGUGUCGAAACAUGCGUCGGUGUGGCAUGCCGUAGGGUACGCGAUGUGUAUCACGGGAGGAAUCUACGUCGCCAUAGUCUACAUUCCAGUGUGGGUGCAGGCGGUGCAACACAAAUCAGCCCUGGGCUCGGGGGUUAUGCUGACUCCAUUGAUCGUGGGCUACGUCGUAUUCUCGGUGAUUGCUGGAGUCCUCACGUCCGGGUUGGGUUAUUACAACCCACCAAUGAUCCUGGGGACUAUCCUGGCAAGUGUUGCACUGUACGGCAUUGGGGUUGGGCUGGGGUUUGGCCAACCUAGCUACGUGGUGCAAACCGUGUUGUCCGAGACAGAUAUCCCAAUUGGGGUGACAUUGGUUACCCUUGUCCAGCACUUGAGCUCGGCUAUCUUUGUCGCCGUAGCCCAGGGUGUCUUCCAGAAUACCCUUGCACAUACGGUGCGGUCACUCGCGCCAGGCGUUGACCCUUCGAAACUUGCAAAGCUGGGCGCGACGCAACUGGGUCAGUUCGUCAACGAGCAAGACAUGCCACACGUCUUGGAGGCGUACAGCACCGCAAUUGCCAGGACUCUCUACAUCCCGAUGGCCCUCAGCUGUGCAUCCGUGCUCGGGGCCUGUCUGACACCAUGGAUCUCCAUGAAAAAGGCCAAGCCACAGCCAACAGACCAACAGCUGACGAGACACCAGCUGAUAAGUGGUGGGACGCAGGAAAAAGACGGCGGCACAUCAGGGGUUCACGAAGCCUAG